UCUUUGCCCGAAGACAAACAGUGGCAUGAUUAAUGCUCUCAGCUCCAUGGAUAUCUGUCAAGCGUUUCUGCCCGCUUUUGUUCUAUUUCUAGCAAUGACUACUAGUGUCGAGCCGAGUAAUCGACGGAGCGCUUCAUCCUGUGGUGACAUUGGCAAUAUAAGCCACCUGUUUUCACUGAAAAGCAACCCAAACAGAUGGGGUAUCGAUGGAUUCGACUUGACUUGUGAAGAUAAUCGCACUGUUUGGUACUUUUCUGAUAAUCGAUUAUAUGUGCAGUCUAUCGACUAUACCGCUCGCCGAAUCAGGUUGGUCGACGAUGGGCUGCAAAAGGAUAACUGCUUGUCUCUCCCCCAUAAUUCAUUGCUGGGCUAUGGGUUCAAUAGCGUUGACAAUAAUGGAAGUACACUGGUCAUUAUGAACUGUUCAAAGCCAGUUAGUUCUCCAUUCUACAUCGCUACUGGUCCAUGCAUCGAGGGGUCUUACUCAUCCAGAUCCAACACAUCAUUGAAUUGGAACUUGCAUGCUUUGCUCAAUCCAAAAGCAUCGGAUGUUAGGGAUUUUUGCAACAUUAGCAGGUGGACAUGGACAGAUCAUUUUGCGGUUGGACAACGCAUUAACAGUAGCUCCUACAACAACGAGCUAAUCCAUAGCAUCAUGACCGAUGGAUUUGUUUUCAGCUACGUUAAUUGGAAGAACACUUUUUUUUGCUACUUUGAUUUCUAUAGCUACUUUCAUCUCCGCAAAAUCUUUUUUUCCUUUAGAUUUUCUAUGAGUAGCAUCAACGGAGGUCAGGUUUGCGGAUACAAGUACUACUGGGGUGGUAAGUACUGCUUUCUUCUGCGAAUCCAAGUGCUCUAG